AUGGCUCUUGCAUUGCUGGCUGAGAUCCCACACAGAAGCAUCCAGGGCAACGUGAUCACCUACAGCUCUGCGAUGAGUGCCUGUGAGAAGGGUGGCGAGUGGACCUGGGCCUUGCACCUGCUCAGCGACUUCUACCGUUCAGGCUUGGAGGCGAAUGUGAUCACCUACAAUGUGGUUCUCUUCGCCUGCGCCAAGGGUGAGCAGUGGCAGCAAGCUCUGUACUUCCUGUCGGAGUUGAACUCGGCUGGCUUGCAAAGCACGGUGCUCACCUUCAAUGCCGCAAUGGCGGCAUGCACGAGUCAUGGCUUUUGGCAGCAAGCUCUAAGCUUGUUGUCUUCCCUGCUGCACCGGGGCAUGCAGGGAGAUGUAAUUACCUUCAGCACUGCACUCAAUGCAUGCGCUUCGGGACAGCAGCGGCGACGGGCUGUCCCACUCAUGGCAGAACUCCAGGACAGAGCAUGGAAAGCAGGCUGUGAAGUCGCAAAAAGCUUACGUUUCUUGCAGCUGGCGUCACGAAGCACGGUCAUGGUAAGCUGGCAUGAUGGUGUCAAGGAAUGUCACAUCCGGCGAAAGGUUUCAUGUUGCUGA